GAACCUUUAGAACUCUGAGACAGACAAUAUUCUGUUACAUUGUAGCAAAAUGGCGACUGUCAUUCACAACCCCCUGAAAGCGCUUGGGGACCAGUUCUACAAGGAAGCCAUUGAGCACUGCCGAAGUUAUAACUCGCGUCUGUGCGCAGAGCGCAGUGUGCGUCUGCCCUUCCUGGACUCACAGACUGGGGUUGCCCAGAACAACUGCUACAUCUGGAUGGAGAAGAGGCACCGAGGCCCAGGCCUUGCCCCAGGCCAGCUGUAUACAUACCCUGCCCGUUGCUGGCGCAAGAAGAGACGAUUGCACCCACCUGAGGAUCCAAAGCUACGGCUACUGGAAAUAAAACCUGAAGUGGAGCUGCCCCUGAAGAAGGAUGGCUUCACCUCAGAAAGCACCACGCUGGAGGCCUUGCUCCGCGGUGAGGGGGUGGAGAAGAAGGUGGAUGCCAGAGAGGAGGAGAGCAUGCAGGAGAUACAGAGGGUUUUAGAAAAUGAUGAAAAUGUAGAAGAAGGGAAUGAAGAAGAAGAUUUAGAAGAGGAUAUUCCCAAGCGGAAGAAUAGGACAAGAGGACGGGCUCGUGGCUCUGCGGGGGGCCGGAGGAGGCACGAUGCCGCCUCUCAGGAGGACCAUGACAAGCCUUACGUCUGCGACAUCUGUGGCAAGCGCUACAAGAACCGGCCGGGACUCAGCUACCACUAUGCUCACACUCACCUGGCCAGCGAGGAGGGGGAUGAGGCCCAAGAUCAGGAGACCCGGUCUCCCCCCAACCACAGAAACGAGAACCACAGACCUCAGAAAGGACCGGAUGGAACAGUCAUUCCCAAUAACUACUGUGACUUCUGCUUGGGGGGCUCUAACAUGAACAAGAAGAGUGGGCGGCCUGAAGAACUGGUGUCCUGUGCAGACUGUGGACGCUCUGCUCAUUUGGGAGGAGAAGGCAGGAAGGAGAAGGAGGCAGCGGCCGCAGCACGCACCACGGAGGACUUAUUCGGUUCCACGUCAGAAAGUGACACCUCAACUUUCCACGGCUUUGAUGAGGACGAUUUGGAGGAGCCUCGCUCCUGUCGAGGACGCCGCAGUGGCCGGGGUUCACCCACAGCAGAUAAAAAGGGCAGUUGCUAAACGCACGAAACAGACUCUCUGGGCAACUAGCCACCCCCCUCUGACUUUGGUCAUUGUGCUGGUUCUGAUAUACUUCUUUUAAUGAAAGACAACUUUAGAUUUUC